AAACUGUGAUACACAGACUGAGUAAUCAGUGCAAUUCAUUAAUUAUUAGCUAAUUAAUUCAAACAAAUUAAAAUGGAUGAGCUUGACAAAACCCAGUUGCAGCUCCUCAAGAAUGCCUUCGACGCUUUCGACCACGAGAAGAAAGGCAUCAUCAGCACAGACAUGAUCGGCACCAUCCUGGAGAUGUUGGGACACGAGCUGGAUGAAGACACGCUGAAGGAUAUCAUUGAAGAAGUUGAUCAAGACGGUUCGGGAGAGCUGGAGUUCAGCGAGUUCUGUCAACUAGCAGCUAAGUUCCUGACAGAAGAAGAAGAAGACGAUGAGGCCAUGGUCAAAGAACUGAAAGAAGCCUUCAGAUUGUACGACAAAGAAGGUAACGGUUACAUCACGACAGACGUACUGAAAGAAAUCUUCAGAGAGUUAGACAACACUAUCACAGCUGAUGACUUGGACAACAUGAUUGAGGAAAUUGAUUCUGAUGGUUCAGGAACAGUGGACUUUGAAGAAUUCCUUGAAGUAAUGACAGGAGAAUAAACUAACCUAGGAUUAUUUUACUUAUUAAUUAUUGUAAAUAAUUAUUUAUUUUAGUUUUUAAGGCUCGACCAAAGUACCUUUUCGAAGUCGUCAAUGUAUUGUUGAAGGAGUUCAGAGAAAUGUACUUUGAUGAUUAUUAAGUUAAAAUUAAAAUAAG